AUGGCGAAAGAUGACAUGGCAGAGGUAGAUGUAGCAUCAAACGGAGCGGAACCCCCCCUGCUACCUCCGUCCGCGUUCCCCUACGAGGAGUACGAAUGCAAAAUCUGCUACAAUUAUUUCGACCUUGACCGACGGGCGCCGAAGAUUUUGGAGUGCCUGCACACGUUCUGCGAGGAGUGCCUCAACACUCUCCAUCUCCGGGAGGAGCGGCCAUGGCGCAUCAGCUGCCCCGUGUGUCGCCAUCGGACGCCGGUGCCGGACUACCGGAUACAGAACCUGCCCAACAACACCAAGGUGACGGAGGAUUUCCCGCUCUAUAUCGACUCCGACCCCCUGCCCCAGGAUGCUUUGCCGCCGUACCCUCCCCCGCUUCAUCCGGCUCUCGUGGCUCUCCGCCGGGAGGAGGCAUCGGGGGCGUCCAGCGGCAGUCAAAGCCAAGCGACCCCGUCCACCACCGUGUCCACGGCCACCACCAUCUCCCAAGACUCGGUCCGCUAUGACAGCUGUCAGAGCUGCAAAAGAGUGGCUUUAACCACCGGCUGCGUGUGUGUGAUCUUCUCCUUCCUCUCCAUGCUGGUGUUGCUCUUCAUGGGCCUGAUCUUUGUGCACAGUCACGGCAUGCCUCCCUCCCCGUGGGGACCUAUUUGCUUGUCGGUGGCCAGCAUUUUGGCCAUGUUCUCGGUGGUGGUCACGUGGCUCAUCUGCUGGCUUAAAUACAGACCGGACCACGAGACGGGCCGCUCAUCUACCACCGGUAACUCUCGGAGGAACGCCUGA